AUGUCGGACGCUUUUUGCAGCGACUGCAAGCGAGAGACGGAGGUAGUUUUCGAUCACUCAGCUGGAGACACAGUAUGCUCAGAGUGCGGUCUUGUACUCGAAUCCCACUCCAUCGACGAAACCUCCGAGUGGCGUACCUUUGCUAACGAGUCCAACGACAACGACCCCGUCCGUGUUGGAGGUCCAUCCAAUCCACUCUUAACCGACGGCGGUCUCUCCACCGUCAUCGCUAAACCUAACGGCUCUUCCGGCGAGUUUCUCUCUUCUUCUCUCGGUCGCUGGCAGAAUCGUGGCUCUAACCCUGAUCGUGGACUUAUCCUUGCUUUCAAAACUAUUGCCACUAUGUCCGAAAGGUUGGGGCUUGUUGCAACCAUCAAGGAUCGAGCAAAUGAGAUAUAUAAGAGGGUUGAAGACCAAAAGUCUAGUCGAGGAAGAAAUCAAGAUGCUUUGUUGGCUGCUUGUAUCUACAUCGCUUGCCGACAAGAAGACAUACCACGAACUGUAAAGGAAAUUUGCUCUGUUGCAAAUGGGGCGUCAAAGAAGGAAAUUGGCCGAGCAAAAGAGUACAUAGUGAAGCAGCUUGGUUUGGAGAAGGGUCAGACUGUGGAGAUGGGCACAAUACAUGCUGGUGACUUUAUGAGGAGAUUCUGUUCAAAUCUUGGUAUGAAUAAUCAAGCUGUUAAAGCUGCUCAGGAAGCUGUGAAGAAAUCAGAAGAAUUUGAUAUAAGGAGGAGUCCUAUAUCAAUUGCUGCUGCAGUUAUAUACAUCAUAACUCAGCUUUCUGAUGAUAAAAAACCUCUCAAAGAUAUAUCAAUUGCCACUGGAGUUGCUGAAGGAACUAUUAGGAACUCUUACAAGGAUCUUUAUCCCCAUGUUUCAAAAAUAAUACCAAAUUGGUAUGCAAAGGAGGAGGAUUUGAAGAACCUUUCUAGCCCUUGA